AGAGGACGAGGGCCCUCCAAUUGGCGCGCCGCGGCCUCUUGACUGUUUUGACGGGUCACUGCGCGUGUGCGUGUUGACUGCGAGAGUACCUCGACCUUUUAGGUGGACGAUGGGGAAAAGUAACCUCGCCGAGGGUAGCGACAAAAGCGAGGAGCAGGUUUCUGGUGCUGAAGUCAUCGCCCAGGCCUUAAAAACCCAAGAUGUGGCGUACAUGUUUGGCAUCGUGGGGAUCCCCGUGACCGAAAUUGCCGUUGCGGCGCAGAAGUUGGGUAUCAGAUAUGUCGGGAUGAGGAAUGAACAAGCCGCUUGUUAUGCUGCCUCUGCGAUUGGAUAUCUGACAGGCAGGCCAGGCGUAUGCCUUGUUGUUUCUGGCCCAGGUCUCAUCCACGCUUUGGGUGGUAUGGCAAAUGCAAACAUGAACUGUUGGCCCUUGAUUGUGAUUGGCGGUUCUUCUGAAAGAAGUCAGGAAACGAUGGGAGCCUUCCAGGAGUUUCCACAGGUUGAAGCCUGUAGAUUAUAUACCAAGUUCUCUGCCCGGCCAAGCAGCAUAGAAACUAUUCCCUCUAUUAUCGAAAAGGCAGUGAGAAGCAGUAUUUAUGGUCGUCCAGGUCCUUGUUAUGUUGACAUACCUGCAGAUUUUGUGAAUUUACAAGUGAAUGUGAAUUCUGUAAAGUACGUGGAGUGCUGCAUGCCCCCUCCUGUCAGUAUGGCAGAAACCUCUGCUGUAUACAUGGCAGCAUCUGUUAUUAGAAAUGCCAAACGGCCCCUUCUUAUCAUCGGGAAAGGUGCUGCUUAUGCCCAUGCAGAGGAGGCUCUCAGGAAAUUGGUGGAGCAGUGUAAAUUACCAUUUCUGCCCACCCCCAUGGGAAAGGGUGUCAUCCCUGAUAACCACCCAUACUGUGUGAGCGCUGCCAGAUCCAGGGCUUUGCAAUUUGCUGAUGUAAUUGUAUUAUUUGGUGCCAGAUUAAAUUGGAUUUUGCACUUUGGACUGCCUCCAAGAUACCAGCCAGAUGUGAAAUUUAUCCAGGUUGAUAUCUGUGCAGAAGAAUUGGGGAAUAAUGUAAAGCCUGCUGUGACUUUGCUAGGAGACACAAAUGCUGUCACUAAACAGCUUUUAGAACAAUUUAAUAAAACACCAUGGCAGUAUCCUCCAGAGAGCAGCUGGUGGCAAACUCUGAGAGAAAAAAUGAAGAGCAAUGAAGCUGCAUCCAAGGAAUUAGCUUCCCAAAAAUCUCUGCCUAUGAAUUAUUACACAGUAUUCUACCAUGUUCAAGAACAACUACCCAGAGACUGUUUUGUGAUAAGUGAAGGAGCAAAUACUAUGGAUAUUGGACGCACUGUGAUUCAGAACUACCUUCCUCGUCACAGGCUUGAUGCUGGUACUUUUGGAACAAUGGGAAUUGGUUUGGGAUUUGCCAUUGCAGCUGCUAUAGUGGCUAAAGAUAGGAACCCAGGGCAGCGUGUCAUCUGUGUGGAAGGAGACAGUGCAUUUGGGUUUUCUGGCAUGGAAGUGGAAACCAUCUGCAGGUACAACUUGCCCAUUGUACUUUUGGUGGUGAAUAAUAAUGGAAUUUACCAAGGUUUUGAUGCAGAUUCUUGGAAGGAAAUGUUAAAAUUUGGAGAUGCUACUGCAGUGGCUCCUCCAGUCUGUCUUCUGCCAAACUCACAUUAUGAACAGGUUAUGACUGCAUUUGGAGGCAAAGGAUAUUUUGUACAAACACCAGAAGAACUCCAAAAAUCACUGAAGCAGAGCUUGGCAGACACAACUAAACCUUCUCUUCUCAACAUCAUGAUUGAGCCACAAGCCACACGGAAAGCCCAGGAUUUUCACUGGCUGACCCGCUCUAAUAUGUAAAUAAAGAUGCCAGGGAGUGGUCUGAAGGAGUUAUUUAAGAUGGAAUGUUAUUUUCCACAGCAAAAUUACUAAAAUGUCAAAAAUUACAAAGAAAAAUAAAAAAGCAUUUCUAAAUGACA